CAUCAACUUAAUUCAUAAAUCAAAAACAAGAAUAAUCAAUGGCUAAUAUCUUGUUUUAUUGUGCUCUCUUCAUAUUUUCAGUUUCUUUUCAAGAAUCAAAUGCAGCCUAUAAUGUAAUAACCUUUGGAGCAAAACCCGACGGCAAGACUGAUUCAACUCAAGGGUUUGUUAGGGCAUGGUCGUCUGCAUGUAAGUCCGUCGGACCGGCGACGGUUUAUGUUCCGAAGGGCAGUUAUUUGGUGAAACCGAUAGUGUUUAGUGGUCCAUGCAAGAACAAAAUUUUGUUUACGAUUGCAGGGAAAAUUGUAGCACCAUCGAAUUACUGGUCCUUUGGGAAAUCUGGAUUUUGGAUACUGUUUUAUAAGGUCAGUGGUGUUACUAUUAAUGGCGGUAUAAUUGAUGGUAAGGGUGCUGCCUUUUGGGCUUGCAAGAAUGGUGGAAAGGUUUGUCCUCCCGGAACUAGGUCGCUUUCAUUUGUGGGUUCAAACAACAGUGUGGUGAGUGGAUUAACGUCGAUAAACAGUCAAAUGUUUCACAUUUCCGUAGACGAAAGCCGCAAUAUUAUUCUUCAAAAUCUAAAGAUCAUCGCACCCAGUUCAAGUCCUAACACCGAUGGAAUUCAUAUUCAAUCUUCCACCGGAAUUAUCAUCCGAACUAGCACCUUCAGGACCGGAGAUGAUUGUAUUUCUUUAGGCCCUGGCUCCACUAAUAUUAGCAUUCAAAAAAUUGCAUGUGGCCCUGGACAUGGAAUCAGCAUUGGCAGUCUAGCCGAACAAAGCGAAGAAGAGGGUGUACAAAAUGUGACAGUAACAUCAGUAGUUUUUAAAGCAACUCAAAAUGGAGUUAGAAUCAAAUCAUGGGGCAGACCCUCUACUGGUUUUGUUAAAAACAUCAUUUUCAGAAACAUUGUCUUGAAAAAUGCUUAUAAUCCUAUCAUCAUUGAUCAAAAGUAUUGCCCUUCUGGCAAUAAUUGUCCUAAUCAGGAUUCAGGAGUGAAGAUUAGUGGAGUGACAUAUAAGGACAUAAAGGGAAUAUCAGCUUCGAAGAUAGCAAUGAAUUUCAUUUGCAGUGAAAGCAAUCCUUGUAAUGGUCUAAAAUUGCAGAACAUAAAUGUUACAUAUUUAAGUAGAGGCACUGCAACAUCUUCUUGUAGCAAUGCACAUGGAACUUCUUCUGGCAUUGUCAUUCCUAAGACUUGUUUUUAGGACAUCUAUUUUUUCUUUAUUUAGUCAUCCACAUUUGUUGGAAAUUAUGUUAGCAAUAUAACCUUUGUAAUUAUUAUUGGAUAUUUAAAUAAAUUUCAUAAUAAUUUUAUUAUAAAAAACAA